AUGUUUUCACGAAGUGAUCGAGAGGUAGAUGAUUUGGCUGGUAAUAUGAGUCAUUUAGGGUUCUAUGAUUUGAAUAUUCCUAAACCUACUUCUCCACAGGCGCAAUAUAGGCCUGCUAGAAAGAGCGAAAAUGGAAGAUUAACUCCCGGACUUCCAAGAUCAUAUAAGCCGUGUGAUUCAGAUGAUCAAGAUACCUUCAAAAAUCGCAUUUCAUUGAAUCACUCACCGAAGAAGCUACCCAAGGAUUUUCACGAGCGUGCUUCCCAAAGUAAAACCCAGAGAGUUGUUAAUGUAUGCCAACUUUACUUUCUCGACUAUUACUGUGACAUGUUUGAUUAUGUUAUUAGCAGAAGACAACGUACGAAGCAGGUGCUAAGAUAUCUUGAACAGCAAAGAAGUGUCAAAAACGUUUCUAAUAAGGUUUUAAAUGAAGAAUGGGCUUUGUAUUUGCAAAGAGAACACGAAGUACUGAGAAAAAGGAGGUUGAAACCUAAGCACAAGGAUUUUCAGAUACUGACACAAGUUGGACAGGGUGGUUAUGGGCAAGUUUAUCUUGCAAAAAAAAAAGACAGUGAUGAAAUUUGUGCUUUGAAAAUAUUAAACAAGAAACUUUUAUUCAAACUAAACGAGACGAAUCACGUCCUUACUGAGAGGGACAUACUAACCACAACUAGAUCUGACUGGCUUGUGAAGUUGCUUUAUGCAUUUCAGGAUCCAGAGAGCCUAUAUUUAGCAAUGGAAUUUGUACCUGGUGGUGAUUUUCGCACAUUGUUAAUAAAUACAAGGAUAUUGAAGAGCGGUCACGCAAGGUUCUAUAUCAGCGAAAUGUUUUGUGCCGUGAACGCGUUGCAUGAACUUGGUUACACUCACCGGGAUUUAAAGCCGGAGAAUUUCUUGAUUGAUGCUACAGGGCAUAUCAAGCUGACCGAUUUUGGUCUAGCAGCAGGGACCGUAUCAAAUGAAAGAAUCGAAAGCAUGAAAAUACGCUUAGAAGAAGUAAAGAAUUUGGAAUUUCCUGCUUUCACAGAAAGGUCUAUCGAGGAUAGAAGGAAAAUAUAUCAUAACAUGAGGAAGACAGAAAUUAAUUACGCUAACUCUAUGGUCGGUUCGCCUGAUUAUAUGGCCCUAGAAGUUCUGGAAGGUAAAAAAUACGAUUUUACAGUGGAUUAUUGGUCAUUAGGCUGUAUGCUUUUUGAAAGUUUGGUUGGAUAUACACCUUUUAGUGGUUCUUCUACUAAUGAAACUUACGAGAAUUUAAGAUAUUGGAAAAAAACUUUAAGAAGGCCCCGUACUGAGGAUAGAAGAGCAGCAUUCUCAGAUAGAACCUGGGAUUUAAUUACAAGACUAAUAGCUGACCCCAUCAACAGAGUACGAUCUUUUGAGCAAGUUCGCAAAAUGUCUUAUUUCGCAGAGAUCAAUUUUGAAACCCUAAGAACAAGUUCUCCACCAUUUAUUCCUCAAUUAGAUGAUGAAACGGAUGCAGGUUAUUUCGAUGACUUCACAAAUGAAGAAGAUAUGGCUAAAUAUGCAGAUGUCUUCAAAAGACAGAACAAAUUAUCUGCAAUGGUCGAUGACUCUGCCGUUGAUUCCAAGCUUGUUGGAUUUACUUUUAGGCAUAGAGAUGGAAAACAAGGUUCAAGCGGGAUACUUUACAAUGGUUCAGAACAUUCAGACCCUUUUUCAACUUUUUAUUAA